CCUCCCUGUCCAACCCCCCUCGUUCUAUCGAACUCCCCUCGGUCGCUUUGUCCAUCGAGUGUCGCAUCCCACUGUCGACUUUUUCAUUUCCGUCGACUUCUAUCGCAAACUCUUUUUCGCUUCUCUUCAUCUCCAUCCCCCCACAUCACAUCCAACCUUCAUCAUGGCUACUGAGGUACCGACCUUCAAGCUUGUCCUCGUCGGUGACGGUGGUACUGGAAAGACCACCUUCGUCAAGCGCCACUUGACUGGCGAGUUCGAGAAGAAGUACAUCGCCACUCUCGGUGUCGAAGUGCACCCUCUCGGUUUUAACACCAACCUGGGUACCAUCCAGUUCGACGUCUGGGACACUGCUGGUCAGGAGAAGUUCGGUGGUCUUCGCGAUGGUUACUACAUCAACGGACAGUGCGGUAUCAUCAUGUUCGAUGUUACCUCCCGUAUCACCUACAAGAACGUCCCCAACUGGCACCGUGAUCUCGUCCGUGUCUGCGAGGGUAUCCCCAUCGUGCUGUGCGGUAACAAGGUCGAUGUUAAGGAGCGUAAGGUGAAGGCCAAGACCAUCACCUUCCACCGCAAGAAGAACCUCCAGUACUACGACAUCUCCGCCAAGUCCAACUACAACUUCGAGAAGCCCUUCCUCUGGCUCGCUCGCAAGUUGGUCGGCAACCCCCAGCUGGAAUUCGUUGCUGCCCCCGCUCUUGCUCCCCCCGAGGUCCAAGUCAACCCGGAGCUUCUGGCCCAGUACGAGAAGGAGAUGGACGCUGCUGCCAACAUGCCCCUGCCCGACGAGGAGGACGCCGAUUUGUAAACGCGCGAUCAAUGAAGGCUGGAACCAGAGCCUGGGUCACGAGCUCGGGCUCGUGGCUGCUGUUCUGUCCCAAUAACUGGGUACGUUAUGCAAGAUUUCAAAUCACGAUACAAUGAUAGCGGAGGGAGGAAAUUAAGCCCGAGAACGGUCGGCAUGAUUAUGCAUUUGCAAUAUUUACCACUAGUAGUCUAGACUCUGAUUAUCUCUACAAAGUUCCUUUUUGAAAACGGUGACACUGUUUAUCCGUCCAUCGGCUAUAUCUGUUGGACAAAAAAGUUUACAUACUCUCUA